CAUUGGCUGAAUGUAGGGCCUAUAUAUAAUUAUAGUAAGUUGCUCCAGUUCGUAAUCGGUGAUUGUUUCUGCUCGACAAAUGUUCUCCUGAAUGGGGUUUGUCGUGAUCAUGGCAUGGAAGAAGAUCUCUUUGAGCUUUGCAGGUGUCCUUUUUGUUUUGGCGAGUCUUGCUUCUGGCUUCCCUGUAAAAAUAACCGAAGAGACCCUAUUCUCUUCCGUUAGCUCCGAGACCUCGUUUGAAUCUCCCGUACGACCGACAGACGUCAUCCAAACUCCAGUAAACGCACCCGUAGAGACCUCAUGCUCUUCCGUUAGCUCCGAGACCUCGUUUGAAUCUCACGUACGACCGACAGACGUCAUCCAAACUCCAGUAAAGGCACCCGUAGAUACCUCAUUCUCUUCCGUUAGCUCCGAGACCUCGUUUGAAUCUCACGUACGACCGACAGACGUCAUCCGAACUCCAGUAAAGGCACCCGUAGAUACCUCAUUUUCUUCCGUUAGCUCCGAGACCUCGUUUGAAUCUCACGUACGACCGACAGACGUCAUCCAAACUCCAGUAAAGACACCCGUAGAGACCUCAAUCUCUUCUGUUAGCUCCGAGACCUCGUCUGAAUCUCAUUACGACCGAUAGAAGUCAUCCAAACUCCAGGAAAGGCACCCGAAGAGACCCCAUUCUCUUCCGUUUGCAUAAAAAGGUAAUACAAAGUUUUGGGAAAUUUUGAAAAUUGGGUGAAUAGUAAUUCUUUACAAUUUUUAUA